GUCUUUUGAAUUUUGUUAAUAUUUGUUGCCAUGUUUUUCGCAACCCCUCCUUGCGGCGCAUCGAGCGGCGUGGCGAAAUGCGACUGGUGCGUGAUUUACCGUAUUCGUUUCGACGGAGCAUUUACGAUGUUAAUGAAAGAGAUUUUCCCGAAAAUAACCUUGGGCUGUUAACUGUGAAGUGCCAAUACUGUGAUGCUUUGCAUUUCAAAAGUGAGCAGGUGAACGGUCAUUUCAACACAUGCUGUCACAAUGGUCUUCUUCGACUGGCGGAGCCUGAAAUCAGCGACCAACUUCGUCACCUCUUCUCCAAACCCGUCUUCAUGACCAACAUUUUGAGGUACAACAGUUGUAUGGCUUUUGCAUCUUUCUCUGCGUCUAAAGCUCAUAUACCCGCGCCCGGAUUAAAUACCUGCUUCAAAAUUCAGGGUCAAAUUUACAGGUAAAUUGAAUUGGUGUUUAAUGAUGUUCAUCCUUUAAUUUUCUGAAAAUGUCAAUGAAUUUUCUUCGCAACUCGAUA